AUGCUGUGCCAUCGGACUGGCCACCACAGCAAGUUGCCUGCUUGCCAUUGGUGCAUGCCGCUCGAUGGGCGGACUGCCACGUCGGAUUCGCGCAGCAGCUCCGGACCCGCGUGCAUGCCCAGGCCGUCCACACUGGUAAGCUCGGUGUUGGGCUGGAGCGAGUCACUGCGCGAAUACGACGGGUUGACUGCCAGCUCAGACAAUCUCUGA